AACAGCUCACAAUACUUGCGAGCUUAAUUUGAAACCAAGAUGGCAUCCUUUUCUUCGGCGUCCAUGCUCGCUCUAACCAUCAUGGCGGUGCUCAUCGCCGGUGCCCGGUGCGCCACCUCGGGGAAGGUUGGCUUGGCACUCGCCAAAGGCUCCACCCCCACCAACCUCAUGGUGGCCGCCAAAUGCUUUGGCGGCACUGCCGAAGACAUCUCCAAGAUGGAGGUCAAGGGGCAGGGCUCGGACAAGUGGAUUGACAUGAGCAAUGCGGGGAGCUCCGGUAAGGGGAACUCCGUCUGGAAGGCCGUAUCCUCUACCCCGCUCAAGGCCCCUCUUGCCAUCCGUUACACAACAAAGGAGGGCGCGAUUACUGUGAAUGACGACGCCAUUCGUUCAUUUUAGAAGAUUUGUCUAUCCAGGAUGCGCCACUUAAGGGUGUUAUUUGCUUUUUAUUUUGUUACCUUUCAUAAUUUUGACCUACAUGCUAAUAUGAUGAUCGCCUUCCAAGGACAAGGAAAGGUGUAGCAGAAAUAAUAAUCCCUUUUUCUUUUUCCUUGUUUUUGAGGGGAAAUAGUCUCUUUUUUCGGAAGGCCUAGUUUCAUGGCAUGUCUUCCGUGACCUGUGAAUGUACACUGGAAAAGCGGAUCCAGUUUAUGACUUACAUGUAUUUAGGGACUAUAGCACAUGCCUAUGCUAGGGGUU